AUGACCUUGCAUACAACUCCCGCCUUAAUGACUCUGUUGUCUUUGAUGCUCACUGUAUUUGUUCUCUCUGACAAGUCCGCCAACGAAAAAAAACAACAAAGAAAUCAGGCGGGCAUUUUUCUUAGCCUUGAACCUGCCACAACGAAUUUUGUCUCUUUGUUAUCAAGCCUCGACCACCCCCUUACGUACCCCCAUGAGAACAAGAUGAGAAGGUCACGUUUGACUAGAAGAGACGGUUCGCGCCCAACCGACGACUAUGACGAUCCAAGGCCCCGAAAAUCAGCCCGAACCGACGAGCCGCAGCCACCCACAAGCGACAGCGACAUUGAAGAGGUACCACAAGCAGCGGCAAAGAAGCAAUGUGGCCGCCCCAAGAAAGGUACCGACGUCGACCCUGAUUCUAGCGACCUCGCCCGCCUGCGUCCUUUGCUCGAGGUCAGGAAUGCUCUCAAAGACGACGACAUAGACAAAGUGGUUGGCCCAGCUGAGCCGAUCUUUGACGCUCAAUGGACGCAGCAAGAUGAGGAUGCUAUGAUGCUCGUAUGGGACUCAUCCCCGGAGAAGGCAGCCUUUGCUACCAUCCGACCCGACAACGGUGCUAUUAGGUCGCUAUGGAAGGCCUGUCUACGGAUCUUUCGGUGCACUCCCCUCGAUCUCCUCUCGCCGCUUAUGAACUUGCGAUUUCAGCCCCUUUUUGCUUCCAACGGUGUGCUUCCACAGAAGUUCUGCAGCCGUUUGGCGGCACUCAUUGUACAGCCCAUCUGGAGAGGUACUCCCCGGCGUCUCGCAGUAGCCUUGCAAUACGCCGUCAUCUCACGUACGGACGAUCGCCGACCUUGGAAGAUUCCCGUUCAAUGUUCCACUUUGAAGGCACUGGCUGUUGAGAUCAACAAAGUCAACGGUCCGACGAUGCCCGCGUCAAUUCACGAGAUGCUUGCAGCAGUGCGGGAAAGGGACUGCGAUAUCCAGGACUCCCUGUCCGAUAUUGUGUAUGAGAUUGGUGAGAUGAUGAUCAACAGCAACUUCAAAACAUCCAGGAUCCCAGCCGAGGAUACCGUCUAUCGAGGCCACCAAGUCUAUCUCAUUACUACGCAAGACUUGCAGGUCAUCAGCAAGGCGGUGGACAAAGUGGGCCUUGGACCUGUUGAGCGCACAUACGAGGCAUUCAAGUCAUUGAGAGGCAACGCCGAUGUCCCGCGUUCCGAGCAACUACUCGACUUCCAUAUACGCGCAGGAAAGCAACAACUUCGGCUUCUGGCCAAAGCGGAGGUCGGGGCAGAGACUCAAGUCACGUUUGAUCCAGAGUACGAGUCGAGCGUCGAGGAUGAGACCCAAACUUCGCAACACCGCCCUCCACCAAUGGGCAUGGCCAGUGAAGCUAGCCCAGACAACGCUCUUUUCGCUGACGGCGACGACAACGAGACUCCCGUCGUAUCUCGUCCUUUAACCUUCACAACUGCAGCCAGCGAUCCACACCAGCGCCCUAUUGCCCGACGAGCAUCGCUUCCCGAGAUGCAAUAUCGACUAAAUCACUUCGAAAGAGAACUGGCUAGACAGUACCAAGAGAUGCGAGAGGUGAUGGAGAGUGAACUCGCCAAGCGGGAUGAAGUGAUGAAGAGUGAACUCGCCAAGCGAGAUGAAGCGAUGGACGAGCUCCGGGACGAGCUUGAUGCUCUUCGGGACAGGAUGUUGAACCCUCACAGGAGCCCUUGA